CCCCGCGGGAGGAGGCGGGAGCCGCGGGCCGAGCAGCGCGGGCUCCACCCCCGGCGCCUCCGCCAUCUGGGUCAGGAAGCGGCGGCCGCGGCGCCGGACUUCGGGACCCGCGGGCUCCAGGACUCCAGUCCGCCCGCAGCGUCCCGCCCGCCCGCCCGCAGGUCCGGGUCCCGGGGAUCGGGCAGGCAGAGAGGUCAGCGCAGAGAACACAGAAGCAGAAACCAAGAAAUGCCUCAUUCUUCAAACAAAGAACUGAUAUUCGGCAUCAUGGUAGGAACUGCUGGCAUCAGCUUGCUGCUUUUGUGUUACUGCAAGGUCCGUAAAUCAAGGACAACAAUGAAUUUACCUAAAUUUCUUUCUCUGAGUAAUACAAUUGAUUCAAUAACUUUGCAAGAUGAAAUGCAUAAUGGCCAAGGGACGAUAGCAGUCUCUCAAAGAAGGCAACUUCAGAUACUGGAAAAGUUGAACGAGUUACUGACAAAUAUGGAAGAACUCAAGGAGGAAAUCAGAUUUCUUAAAGAAACCAUCCCAAAGCUGGAGGAAUAUAUACAAGGUGAACUUGGAGGGAAGGUAGCUGCUCAUAAGAUAAGUCCUCAGCACAGAACAAGGAAAAGAAAGGUCACCACAGUUCAAAGUUCAGCAACAAGUAACAGUUCAGAGGAAGCAGAAAGUGAAGGCGGGUAUAUUACAGCUAACACUGACACAGAAGAACCGAGUUUUCCUGUCUCUAAGGCACUUAACACACAUGUAGAGGAAUUAAGUUUAGAUGUCCUUCUUCAGAAGGUAGAUCAUUUACGUAUGAAUGAGUCUGACAAGCAGGAGAGUUUUGAACUACUUUGUGACCACAAAGAAAAGUUUAAGGAUGAAGUAGAGUUUAUGUGGCGAUUUGCUCGUGGUUAUGGAGAUAUGUAUGAGAUGUCUACAAAUACACAAGAAAAGAAACAUUAUGCCAAUAUUGGAAAAACUUUAGGUGAAAGAGCUGUUUCCAGAGCACCUAUGAAUGGACAUUGUCAUCUGUGGUAUGCAGUUUUGUGUGGCUAUGUAUCUGAAUUUGAGGGUUUACAAAACAAAAUCAACUAUGGGCAUUGCUUCAAGGAACAUUUGGAUAUAGCAAUCCAGCUUCUACCUGAAGAACCCUUUUUGUAUUACCUCAAGGGAAGAUACUGUUAUACUAUCUCAAAACUCAGCUGGAUUGAGAAAAAAAUGGCUGCCACUCUGUUUGGAAAAAUACCGUCUUCAACUGUACAAGAAGCUUUGCAAAACUUCCUUAAGGCUGAAGAACUACACCCUGGUUUCUCUACAUCCAAUUACAUGCACUUGGCAAAGUGUUAUAUUGAUCUUGACCAAAACCAGGAUGCUUUGAAGUUCUGUGAUUUGGCACUAUUGCUUCCUAGUGUUACAAAAGAGGAUAAAGUAACACAGAAAGAAGUGAAAAAAUUAAUGGCUUCUUUGAAGAGAGCCCCAGCAGAACAAGAGGAAAUCUGCUAAAAUGGAAGCAAGAACAAACACCAAACAGUGAAAUUAUUUAUGAAGAACGGUGAAAUUAUUGAUGCUUUAUAAAAAAGUUAUAGGGUCAAUGCCCCCAAAGAAAGCAGCUUGUAAAUGAAAAGAAGAAAUGGGGCCAGCAUUGUGGUGCAGUGGGUUAAGCUACCGUUUGCAAAGCCAACAUCUUGUGUUGGAGUACCAUUUUGAGUCCCAGCUGCUCCACUUCCUUUCUAGCUAAUGUAGCUGGGAAGACAGCCAAAAAUAGCCCAGAUGCUUGGGUCCCUGCCACCAGGGAACUCGUGGAUGGAGUUCCUGGUUCCUCUCUUCAGCCUAGCCCAGCCUUGGCUGUUGCAGCCAUUUGGGAGUGAACCAGCAGAUGGAAGAUCUCUCCUUAUGUGUCUCUGUGCUCCAUCCCUUAUUACUCUGCCUUUUGAAUGAAUAAAUAAAUCCUUUUUGAGAACUAGUAGCCAGAAGGUUAAAAUCCAGGUGAGACCAUGUCACUUUUCUUUGAACCAAAAUAAAGCAGAAGGAACAGGAUGACGUUGAAGAUAAAGCCUGCUGUGGCAGAUCAUCCACAUCCAUUUGCCAGAAAAAAAUUAAUUUUAUUCAUGUCCUGGUUGAAGGGGACUGAUAAUUAACAGCAGAAUCAUUUGCCAACACUAUAGACAUCUCAAUUGGUUCAUCUUACACAAUUCUGAUGGAAAAAUUAAAGUGGAGCAAACUUUCUAUUCAAUGGAUGCCAAAUUGUUGCACCCAGAUCAGCUGUGGAGAAGAGCAGAGGAGCUUUCGAUGAAAAUUUUACACAAGCAUAAAAGAUCAUGAAGCAUUUCUUCAAAGCAGUAAAAGAGAAGAAACAUGGCUUUACCAGUAUGAUCCUGAAGACAAAGCACAAGCAAAGUAAUGGCAACCAAGAGGUAGAAGUGGUCCCAUCAAAGUGAAUGUAUAUCAGUACAGAGCAAAGGUCAUGGCAACAGUUUUUUUUGGUAUACUCAAAGCAUUUUCUUGUUGACUUUUUGGAGGUCCAAGGAGAACAAUAACACAGGCUUAUUAGGAGAGUUUUUUAUUAGGAGAGAGAUUUUUGAAAAAGCCAGAACUUUAGCAGAAAAAUGCUCAGGGAAGCUUCACCAGAGAUGACUCCACUACAAUAGUACUUCUGCUUGCUCCUCUCAGAGAAGGGCAAUCUUGCCAGAGUUUUGUGGGAAACCACUAGGCAUCCACUUUACAGUCUUGAUUUAGCCCCCUCAGAUGUCUUUGUAUUUCCUAACCUUAAAAAAAAAUCUUUAAAGGACACCCAUUUUUCUUUAAUUAAUAAUAUAUUUUUUAAAAAGACUGCGUUGACAUGAAUUAAAACCCCAGGAUCCUCAGUUCUUUAAGGACAGACUAAGUGGCUGGUAUAAUAACUUACAAACAUGUCUUGAAUUUGAUGAAAUUUAUGUUAAGAAACAAACCUUUUUUUUAUUUUAAUCUUUUAAUUCCAUUUUGCAUGAACAUUUUGAAUCCCAUUGUAUGGUUUUAGAAAUAGAUAGUUCUGAUCCAGAACUCUGAAUAUACUUAUUUUCUGAAAAAUCAAAGUAUAGUACAGUUUCUCAUAAGAGAUUUAAGAGGUGACAGUGUUUCACUAAAAUUGUAGCCAGUGUGCUGUCCAUGUAAUUUCAAUGUUAUCUUCCUCAAAAUCCAUGCCACUUCUCAAGUGUGACAAAAAUUUGUAGGAGGGGGAAGCUUUUCAUUUGGUAAUAUUUUUAUACUUCCCAAUUAUAAAAAAACAAAAGAUGGACUAUAAAGACAACCCUCUACACCAAACAGACUUCUCAUUUUACCAAUAAAUAGAUUUUCAAAGAUUAUUUAUUUGAAAGUCAGGAUUACAGAGCAAAAAGGAGAAACAGAUAUCUUCCUUCCACUGGUUCACUCCUCAAAUGGCCACAAUAGCUAGGGCUGGCCCAGGCUGAAGCCAGGAGCCUGGAAGUCCAGGUCUCCCAUGUGCGUGGCAAGGGCCCAUGCACUUGGGCCCUCCUCCCCUGCUUUCCAAAGUGCAGUAGCAAAGAGCUGGAUCAGAAGCAGAACUGCCGAGACUGAAACCAGAACUCAUAUGGGUUGCCAGCGUCAAAGGCAGUAGCUUAAUCUGCUACACCACAAUGCUGAGCUCCAUUAUUUAUUGAACAGUUUAGCCCUGAUUUAUAAAGACCAUGGUCAAGGUUAGAGAACUGUGCUGGAUUAACCAGGACUGAGUUUUGGAAUCUCAUGUCUUCUGCAUUCUUCUUUGAGCCUAGGGCUAUUCACUUUUAGUUGGCUGGAGUCCAAUGUGCCUGGCAUGGAAUAGGGGCUCUGAGAAUGUUAAUACUUACGCGAUGUAUGCCUAUUCUAAGUGCUUUUCCUAUGCUAACUCAUUUCAUCAUCACAACAACCCUGGGAGGAAGAAAUCUUUCUUAUCAUACCUUUUACAGAUAAAGGAGCUAAAGCAUGGGAUAGUAAAUACACGCCUAACACAGUGAGCAAGGAAUGUGAACUUGCACAGAUUACUCUAGGGUCCAUGUAGUGCUGGGAGCAACUGCACACUCUCACCAGCAACCAAGGGAUUGGGGAUGUGGAGAGUAAGAGACAGUAGAAGGAGAGCAAAAAAUAAAAAAGGAAAGGGAAAAAAGUAAGAGGGAUUUAAAAGUAGAAGAGGGCCCUAUCCCCCUCUUUCCCUCUUUCUCUGUAACUCUGCCUUUCAAAUAAAUUUUUAAAACUUUACACAAUAAAACUAGAGAGGAAUGGUAAGAAAAAUAAGGAGAAAAAGCAAAUAAUAAUCUUAGGGUUUUUUGGAUAUUAGUAUACAUUGUCUAGUUUCAAUUCAUAAAUUUUCAACAACUAUUGUGUAUCUUUCUUCAUAUAUCCAAUCUCCUAAUACCCCACCCCCUUGCCAAGAUAAGGAAAGAGAAAGAAAAGAGGUGGUGAAGCCUGAUUUUAAAGACUUGUCUACAUGGUCUGUGUGAGUUCGGGAGUGCUUCAUUAUGGAUGUUAUGAUCUGGUGCUUGGACACUUGAUAAUAAUAGUUUAUUUCACACUUAAUACACGGUACAUUUUAGAACCAAGUAAAGUUCGUAUCUUGAAGUUCUGAGAGUUUUGGAACUCUCAACCUAUAUUUUGCUUUAGCUUCCUAGAACCAAAUUAUAAGUUUUGGCUUUUAGAAAAUAUAUAUUGUAUUAAAUAGAAUUGACCGACAAAUAACUACAUAUAUUUAAAGUGUAUAAUUUGAUUGUGACAUAUGUGUAUACCCAUGAAGCCAUCACUGCAGUCAGUUUUCCUCACCUCAAAGCUUUUUCAUGGCCCCUUUUUAAUCUCUCUCUGUGAUUCUGUACACUCCUCCCAGUGCUUUCUGUCAUUAUGGAUUGCAUAUUUCUUAAUUUUAUAUAAAUCAAAUUAUUUACCAUGUGCAUUUUUCUGUCUAACUUCUUUUACUCAACAUGAUCAUUUGAGAAUUCAUCCGAUCUAUGGCAUGUACUAAUAAACAUUCCUUUUUGUUGCUGAAUAGUGUUGUAUUAGAUGGAUAUACCAGUUUGUUUCUCUACUCACCUAUUGUUGGAUAUUUGAACUGUUUGCAGUAUUUUAUUUUGAAAAAUAAAUCUUCUAUGAACCUUCA